AUGUCACGUGCAGAAGCAUCGUUGGCAUCCGGUAGUGGCUUCGAUGAGGAGCUUGGACGCUUUUUAACUGCAGUUUAUGGUGGAAGCUUCGUUGAGUUGCUGCGCCAAAAAUGUGCGAUUGGUACGGCGAAAAGCGAACCGUUUACUUGCUCGGAGGCGUUCACAUUAACUCAAUCUUUAUCAUAUCGCAGACCAUGGCACACCAAUGGGGAUGAUCUCGACAUAAAAUUACGUCCUAGUCGCGAUUGCAUCAGCGCUGAUUUGUACUGUGUCUUCCACCAACAGCUAUGUGAGGACUGGCAGUCCCGAGAAUCUGCGCUGGACCGCACUUUGCGUAUUUAUGAGAUCAUUCCACAUAGGAAUGCGCUGGUUCACUUGUCCGACCCUAAAACUAACUGUCUAGUCUUGCUAUCGUUUUGUUUCGGUCUCAACAAUGUGAUUUUUGUGGGUUUACACAAUGUGCCACAAAAAGGGUCUCUACCCGGCCCGUACCUUGGACUGAUGUAUCCAGGUUCACGUGAAUCGUUUUUGGAGGCAUUGCAAAAGUUUGAAGCUUUGUAUAAAAUGAAGGUUGCCCAAGGUUCAUCUGUACAGUUUUGCCACGGCGACCGCUUGGAUUGCAACGCUCGUCUAGCGGACAUAUCUUAUUUGGCAUCUGAGUUCGACGACCUUUUUAACUACAUAUUGUAUGAUACAGAGUGCUUCAACAACUUUACAGGGCCGCUGUUGCAUCGCAUGUAUUCCAAUCGCCUCUAUGGUAGGCUGAUGGUCGCACUGUCCAUGCCAAGUCAUAUGGCACGUUACCGUAAGCAGACCCUAGUUUCUUUUUUGAAGCGUUUCAACGACUUGUUGCGUAUUGUUUGUCGUAUAUUGAACGAUCUUCAUGAUCCCCCUGGUGUCCGUGGUAGUUCCGAAGGCCGUAACUUUGGUACGAUGGCAGUUGUUUCCCUGAUUUACUCUUACCUUUACGCUAUAUUAAGUAUACCUAUAUCGCUAACUCCUUGGAACAAGGUGGCAAAGGGCGAAAGUUGUAAGUGUAAGAGUCCAGGCCGUCGAUCGGACGUGAAUGAGGGUGAACCAUUGACUGAGGUCAAUAAGACCGUUUUGGAUGAUUCAUUCACCCUAAGAAGCUCUGCACAUCGCCUUUUAAGCGACGAUGCGGUGAUUCCACCACAACAGUAUCUCGGUCUGCUUGGCGCCGAUUUUGCAUCGGCGGCCGCUGACGCUGCUUGCGUGGAGAGUACCCGUCGUCGCGAUGUGAUGAUGUCGCACGCCAUAGGUGUAUUAGGCGAUGACGGUAACUGGUUACGUCGUUGUGAGCGUUACGUGGAUGUUAUUGAUAACUACAAGUUAAGUCUGUGUUGGUACCGCCGCCCUCUUUUCAGUAGCUGUUUGCUGACAAAUUUCAAGGUGGUAUUCCCAUGGGUGAUGCUAUACCAUCAGACUAAUAUCGGACCUUGUGGUCACACGUGGUUAGAAUGGCAAGGUAAGACUAUCGAGUCAUGGUCUUCGCUUCCACUUUGGAAGACAUCAGGCCCUGGGGAGGGAUCGACCAUUCGUGGUCGCGGUGAGUGCGUGCGAUGCCUGAAACGUUUGGUAUCGUUACGUAUGAGAGACUGCGCGUCAUUUAUAUUUGACCUGGAAUCGGAGAUUAAGCGCUCCGCCAGAAGGCAUCCUUGCCUAUGA